GUGCGAGCCGCCAUCCGCACCCUGCGCGUGGCCUCGGCGCCCGCCGCGCCCUGCCCUCCGCGGCCCUGGCGGCUGACGGUGGGCGUUCUCCGGACGCUGCACACGGGACCCGCUCUGCUCUCGGUGCGUAAAUUCACAGACAAACAUGAAUGGAUAACAACAGAAAAUGGUAUUGGAACAGUGGGAAUCAGCAAUUUUGCACAGGAAGCUUUGGGAGAUGUUGUUUACUGUAGUCUGCCUGAAAUUGGGACAAAAUUGAACAAAAAUGAUGAAUUUGGUGCUUUGGAAAGUGUGAAAGCUGCUAGUGAACUCUAUUCUCCUCUGUCAGGAGAAGUAACUGAAAUUAAUGAAGCUCUUGCAGAAAAUCCAGGACUUGUCAACAAAUCUUGUUAUGAAGACGGUUGGCUGAUC